UAUCGAUCACGGUGUGUGGUGAUCUGUCUACAGCGGCCGGUUUAGUUUGAAAACAUCUUCUAAGAUUGCGCCCCGAGGCAAUUCUACUACUGUAUGCUGUGCGAGGAUGAAAAGACAACAUACACAUGUGUAUCGAUACUAACUAUCGUGUUUUGCAUCCUUGAAACACAUUAUGUGUUUGUUGUAAAGUUGUAGGUGGCCAGAACAUCUUCAUUAUAGUCGCUACAGCCGCAGGUACCACUACUGAAUCUUUGAAACAUUCGACGAGGCAGCAAAGAAUAAUCAACAUGCGCGAGUACGAGUAGCAAAGAAACGAGCAGAAAUCCGACGACCGACCAGUGUAGGAGAUGUACUACUAGUAAGUACUUCAGUAGUAGUAGUAGUAGUAGUAGUAGUGGUAACUGCACGAAUCCAGGAGACAAUCUACCUUCAGACUCAGUUCAUAGUCCAUUGCCAAGCCAGGCGUCUCGCCGUUUCAUUUUGAAGACAGGUGCAGCACCUGGGAAAGUCGGGGUCAAAAGCAGCCCGGGGAGUACUAAAAGCUUCUACCAGGCCUUGUGUAGGACCUGCGCUCAGUUGUCUAGGCUAGCCGCUAGCCUAAGCUAAGGGCAACUCUCUUCUGCUGCACUUUCAAAAGACGAUCCGGAGGAGGGAAGCUUGUCGACUGUUGUCUUUGAUUCCUUCACUUCGGCAGAGAUGGGCACUCUUUGACGAAUUCCCCGAAGCACAAGCUGGAGAAUUGCUGUGAGUGAAACACUCAUUGCUUCCUAGGUGGUUUGCAGGUAUAGCCGAAAGAAGAACCGUGGCAGCUAUUUCUCACCAUCCGUCAUCAUGGCAGAGAUGAGCAGCCAGGAUAUGCGUCUUGAAUCCCUUCACCAAGACCAUGGCCGGUCAUCUCAAUCAUCACACAUCGAGUUCCCAGACGACGAGGACUCUGAGGUCCCAGCCGAUAGGAGCGGCGAAGAAGCUAAAACACAAGCUGGUGGUUCAAAUACUGCCUACAGUGGCAUGGCAGCCCAGCCGUCGAAGGUGCAAGAAACUAGCUCCUACAUGUUGCAGCACAUCGCUCGUGUCAUUGGAUGUGGAGUGUUCUGCGAUUGCUGCUAUAAUGGCGACUUGGACCUGAACGGGACGGAACUGAACGAUGGAGGUUGCUCAAAACCUGGUGUUCCAAGUGCUCUUGAAUUCUUACUUGGAGAUGUGACAGUUGCGCCGGAAUUAAGAGAACGUCCAGCAAAGGCCAAGGCAGUGAUGCAGGGCAUGCUGCGUCGUGGAAAUGCUCCUAGUCACUUGAUGGACGCCAGUUGUACAUGGAGUAAUGAGGAAUUGGAGGCAAAGGUGGAGUAUGGCUGUCGAAAACUAACGGCCUUUCAGUUUUCAAUCAUGAGGAACAGGAAAGAUGUGGCUGAGAAAGUUCUUUCAAAGGUUCCAGAAGCUAGGCGGAAGGCAUACUUGACACAACAGCUGAGAGCUAUUGAAUGUGACUGUAGUCUGUACGAAGGCGAGACCAUCAUCCACUUUGCAGUCAUGCAUGCUGCACAGCAGUAUUCGGCUGCCAAAGACACCGACCUGAACCAGAAAAUCGACGAGAACACGACACUGCGGUAUCUGCUGGAGCUGCUGCCGGAGGCAGAGCGUGGGGAAGUGUUGCGCCGGCAGGCCAGCGGUCUCUUCUACACCAGGGGAAGAAUUCCCAGUGUCUUGACAUUCAUUGAUCUGAAGCGCAACUUCCUGAAUGCUGGAGCGACACCGCUUGCACUUGCAGUCAGCAUGCAGAGUCGGCGUGUUGUCAACUACAUGCUGGAGAUAGACUAUAGUCUGCUGCAUCAUCUUGAUAUCCAGAACAACAAUGUUCUCCACCGACUCGCUGCCCAGAUGAAGCGGCAUAAGCACGAUGAGUUCGUAGACGGAAUGCGUCUUCAGGAAAUGUUCAAGUUCCUGAUGAAAAGAGAGGAAAUGUUCUACCCGGACAACCGUCAAUUGCUUGUGCAACGCAACAUCCAUGGCUACAGGCCAAUACACGUCGCCACAAAGAAUGGCAAUGUCGCGAUGUUCGAGGCUAUCGUCUCAUCGCCUUUAGUGCGCACCGAGCUUGUGGAUUAUGACACAAUGAAGCUGGUCGCGUAUAACUUGGAGGAUUUGGAUACGGUGACAGAGAGAGAGGAUGGUUACCACGUGAUCAAUGUGCUCGACAUUGCUGUAGCCAGUCGCGCAGAGGAGGCCCUCGAGAUCUUUCAGGAGACACCAAUGGCCCAGUUAAUUGACAUCAAGUGGCAGACCUAUGGAACGGUGGGCUUCACAUACUUCUUCCUGAUCAACGCGGUGUACCUGAUUGCACUCUCGUGUGCUGUCCACUACCGACCUCUGAUGUACUCGGUGUGCUCCGCGGACAUUGAUCCCGAGCGGGAGAGGUUUGUGCGCAACGGAACCUUGCCCGACGGCGAAGUCGUCAAUUUCUGCACGCCGUGGAUCAUCAAACCAUUUCGGGAGUCAUACCGCACUACUGGAGACUACUGGCGUCUGUUUGCCGAAAUCGUCGUGAUUCUUUUAACUUUGCUCCACUUCUUUUCCGAGGUGCGUGACUUCUUUGUUGUCGCCAACAUGUGUCCACCGCACAAUGACAACCCUCCAGGGCGCACUCGUAGGCUGAUGUACAGCUUCGGUCGACUGUGGGACGGGUCAAUGGGCCGAUCAGGCGCGUUCUCAUUGAUAAAGUGGCUAACAAUCAUCCUUGCAGCGGCAGCUGUUGGAAUGCGAGUAACCGACUCCGAGUCUCAGGACAUUAUCUUGUCAUUGCUGAUAUAUGUGGCGUACCUAUACACCACUGUGUUUGCACGCGACUUCAAGUUCAGUGGCCCCUACCUAAUUGCCAUGUACAAGAUACUUACCACGAUCAUAACACGGUUUAUCAUACUCUACUUGUUCACCCUGAUGUCAUUCGGGUCGUUUCUUUAUGUGCUGUUUCAAGAAGCUCAACCGGAGCCACCGGAACACUUUUCAUCGUACGGCACAAUACUGUUGAAUCUCUACAGUGCCACGCUAGGCUUGCAUAGCUUUGAGUACAAAGUCAUUCGAUCGCCUCACGUCGCGGCUCUGGUGACCAUCUUCCUCUUCCUCUUCUUCCUCUUCACCGUUAUUCUCUUCCUCAAUUUCCUCAUCGCUCUCAUGAGUGACAUUCAGGCAGGGACACUGGAGAGUGCAAAGCUUAUCUGGCGCAGGCAGGUGGUUGCGAGUUUGUUCAUGGUGGAAAGAAGGCUGCCAAGUUGGCUCCCAUUCUACUCCCUUGUCAAGCAGAAAGUUGGCCUUCGAGGUGGCAGAGUGUUGCUGGAUCAGGUGAAAGUGGAUCCGGGACCGAAUGGCAAAGAGCGAGAACUCCGGUAUUUGAUAAUCCAUGAACCUGAUGCAGCUGUACCGCAGAGUGACGAUGAAGAGGAGCAUGGACUGGAGCAGCAGAGCCCACGGCGUGAGCCAGGGAAGGAAAAACAGAGACCACGGUCAUUAACUGGAACGAUUCAAACAGUGAUAUGAUACUCUGACUCAUGACACAAGGAUAUUUUUUUAAUGAAUCCGACUCCAUCCGGUUAGGAUCAGAUUUUAUCAUCACCUUUUCAGAAAACCUUACAAUUGCUUUCAAGUAAGACGGUGGCUGUGGCUUGAUCAGCAGCUGUCUUUACAACUAUCCAUUUCAUCAAGUGUUUAGGACACAUAAUUCAGACAUACUGCUGUAGUAGCCACGUGCAGUGGAGAUUACAAGACUUAGCUGACACCUGUGCACAUAUUCAAUAAUUGCUUGCCAUACAGAUCUUUCCGCAUAUCCAGAGAAAAGCCUACUACUAGCAAGAGUACAUAACUACACGUGUAGUUAUGUACUCUUGCUAGUAGGAACCCGCCGUGGCACGGGUUUACACAGUACAGUUGCAACUGUUAUAGGUAUAGGUAUGAUACCGUGAAUAGCCGCCAAGACGCCUGCCAACCACCUUGUUCUUGCCUAGCUGCAUUGAACUGUGCCAUGCACCGCUCAGCACAUCCUUUCUGUUCCUUAUGUUGCUAUUACCAAUUUACCAGCUCGACCAAUUUACCAGCAAUGCAUGUACCGAUGCAGUCUGUUUUUCUUGCAAAUUUUUCUGCUGUUUAUAAAGUGCUGAACCAGAAUGUCACGCUACACGCAUGAUCAGUGA